CACAGGGCAAUGAAUUUUGAGAUCUUCAUGUCAGCGCACCUUAUUUCCGGAUCAGCAUCUGACACAAAAUGUGAAAACGAGAAACAUGCGAAUCUUGAGUAUGAGUUCCCUUGCACAGGCGGCGACUUCGAUGUGGUAUUGAGACUGCAGAUCACUACGUACGUACUAUUUGGAAUCCAAAAAAAUUGAAAAGAAAAAUGUGUUUUCUGUUGAUGUUACUACGAAAGAACAACGACUCUGUAGUAUGCUGUGUAAAAAUUCAUGGAUUGAUUCUGAUAAAUAUGAUGCACACAUUGUUGACAUUAAACUUAAACAGCGACAGCACAUACCAUGAAUCCGGUGUAGGGAAUAUGAGAAAAUAGGUAGACGAAGCAGAUUUCAGGUUUUGAGAAUCAGCCUCAAGAGGAGCUCCCGGUCCUGCUUCCGGCGUGUCAAAAAAUUCGUUCUCUCCACCGGCGCCGUGGAGAGACAGGCGCACGCUGGUCGUACAGCGAGGACUGAGGACAAGUUUUUAGUGCCUCCAUGUGCUACUUCUAGAAUAAGUAGAACUUCUUGACAAAUAAACCACGACAUAGAUAUCACUUGAUAAAAAUGGACGGCGGCAAAAAGCCGGCCGGCGUGGUGAAGGGCGCCCUGAAGCUGAAGGGCGAGCUGCUGACCGACAAGAAGAAGAAGAAAAAGAAGGACAAAAAGGAGGACAAAGAGGACAAGGAAGAGUAUGUGGAACUGAAAAAGGUGGACAACCGGGACUGGAUGCGGACCACGCACUACGCCCAGGAGCAGUCGUUCACAACCCUGAAGGACCUGCAAGCGGACGAGGGCGACCUGAUAUGCAUUGCAAAAGUGUCGUACUCGUAUAAAUGCAUUACAAAUUUCCGCAGCGUGAGAAAUGAAAUUUGUGAUGCGGAUUUAGCUUAAGAAAGAGUAGAGAUUUGUAAUGCAUGAUUGCAAUACGAGUACGAUACUUUUGCACAGCAUACCUGACUGGCGAGGGAAACGUGCAGGCGGGGGACAUGAAGUCGUCCGCUUCUUCGUCGUCAGCCGUUUAUGCAAGGAAAAAAGUGUUUAGAGUUACUACACAUUGUGUUGCAGAACGUGCAAGACAGACAAUCUCUCUCAUGCGGAAAAGGCAACAUGCGAGCCAGAGCCUCGUUUCAUCCGUGUUCAUUUCCCUUAGGAUGUCUGCAUUGCUGUUUUUCUGUGCAAUGCAGAGCAAGUUUGUGGUGCUGAAGUUGCAACAUCAAACGUGUAAAGAACUGUAAAACACUUUUUUCUUUGGAUACCGUCGUCAAGUUGUCCACCAUUAUCAAGAAGGAGAACGAGCAGAACAACCCGCAGGGCAGCGGGAACGACCCGGCCAAGCAAUUGCUGACCCGGGGACAGCCCCUGCUAACCGAGUCGCAGAAGUCCUUUCUGAUCGCGCAAGAGAAGCGGAUGGCGGAGCAGACGGAGAAAGCGGUGAAGCUGACGCACCGGGAAAAGAUGGACCGGUUCAAUCGGCACUUGGGGGCGCUUAUCCAGUGCAAAUAUGUCUGGGUCUGGAAAGAACUUGUGAUGCUACGUGGCGAUGAUUGAGCAUACUCCUGAGAGCAGCCAAGCAUGACAAAUUUUCGGGACGACGGCGCUUCCUCAUGUGUUUUGCGCAUGAGAAACUGUCUGCGUUUUUGCAUGACAAAGAAUUCGGGCUUUUGUCGGUCACGCAAGACAGAUUUUACAGGGGUGCAAGACAAGCAAUACAGAUUUACAAUUUUGCCAGACCCAGACAUAUUUGCAUUUGAUAGCGCUGUCCGAGCACUUCGACAUCCCGCGUGUGGGACCGGGUUAAAGAAAAGGACGAGCAGCGGGGAGACUACUUACAGUUUGGGAUAUUUGGGAUUUCAAUUUCUUUUGUAUUUGUUUGAAGUUUAUUGCAACCAAAUUAUUGCGGGAACGAGGACAAGUGCGACAACGAGCUGUACCAGGAUGAGUUUUAAACGACCACAGCAAGAACUAAUUGAACCAGUUGGUCUUCUUGCUCUUGGUCAGACGAAACAGCACAGAGUUGUGUGACCUAGCUGCAAUACAGAUUUUGAUCCUGAGCCCGAGAAACAAGUAGUUUUUAGCUGCCAAGGUGACUUGAGAAGACACCGUCAUCUUCUAUAACCGGAAAGAUAGAAGUAGUUCCUUGUCCACCCCAGGUGGACGUAGGUAAUAUUACGAAAGCGACCUUUCACCUUUCAGCUUUGCCGCUCCUUGACGGGGCCGAGAUGAAGAAACGAAACUUUUAUUGCCCGCCGGCUGUCUCUGAUUUUCCGGAUGUCUUUCGAAGAAAAUUUUUUCUUUAGCGACCAGGUUGAUGCCCAC